AAAAUGAGCAUUUUCGCUUCAGUCGAAUUAGGUCCCCCGGUGGAAGUGUUUGCCCUUAAUAAGGCGUGCAACGAUGAUCCGAACCCGAACAAGGUUAAUCUUGGCGUAGGAGCCUAUCGUACGAACGAGGGUAAACCUUGGAUUCUGCCGGUGGUGAAGAAAGCCGAGGCCGCUAUCGUCGCCGAUGGAUCACUCAACCAUGAAUAUCUACCCGUGCUCGGUAUGGACACUAUAACCAAUGCAGCUAGUACGUUGUUGUUGGGUGAAGAUAGCGAUGCACUCAAGAGCAAGCGUGCCUUCGGUGUGCAGUGUCUGUCCGGUACGGGCGCAUUGCGUCUGGGGGCCGAAUUUCUGGCACGCAUUCUGAAACGUACCACCUUCUACUAUUCUGACCCAACGUGGGAAAAUCACCACAAGGUGUUCCUGUAUGCUGGCUUUACUGAGCCAAAAACUUAUCGUUACUGGCAUCAGGAAACUCGUGCAAUUGAUUUUGCCGGCAUGAUGGAAGAUCUGGACAAUGCACCGGAAGGGGCGGUAGUAAUACUGCACGCCUGUGCCCACAAUCCGACCGGUAUCGAUCCGACCGAGGACCAGUGGAAGCAGAUUGCGGACAUGUGCGAAAAGCGCAAACUGUUCCCAUUCUUUGACUCCGCUUACCAGGGCUUUGCGAGUGGCGAUCCGAACAAGGACGCGUUUGCGGUCCGCUAUUUCGUGAGCCGAGGCUUUGAACUGUUUUGUGCGCAGAGUUUUGCGAAAAAUUUCGGUCUUUACAACGAGCGUAUCGGCAAUUUAACGGUCGUUCAGAAGGAGGCCACUACAAGUGCGGCUGUCGCGUCGCAGAUUACGCUGCUCGUCCGUGGUAUGUACUCGAACCCGCCGGCCUUCGGUAGCCGUAUCGUGAGCCGCGUGCUGAACGAUAAGGACCUACGCAACGAAUGGAUGGAGUGCAUCAAGACGAUGAGCUCGCGUAUCAUCACGAUGCGUAAGGCGCUGUACGAUGAGCUGGUGGCGCUGAAGACACCCGGCACUUGGGAGCACAUUACCAACCAGAUUGGCAUGUUCUCUUACACCGGACUGAAUGAGGCCCAAGUACAGAUACUAAUAAAGGAGUUUAGCAUCUACUUGCUGAAAACUGGCCGCAUCAGUAUGUGCGGGCUGAACGAAAGCAAUGUGGCGUACGUAGCCCGUGCCAUCCAUGCUGCGGUCACCCGUGGAGAAUAGUACACGGUGGAGGACAGUCGGACAGAAGCGGUCAGUU